GUUUCGUCACCCUCUACUCUCUCGAUCUGUCAUGAGUAAGCUCGAAGCGCCGCGGAAAUCGUGAGAGGGAGAAGAGGAGCGACGUGGGUACAAAGACUGGGGCUACUGGCCAGGGAUUGCUGCCCUGGGAGUGUAUUACACCUCCUCAGCCUCAAGGAAGCGAACGCGGGAUGUCGAUGGAUUGCCCCGUCCACCCCGAGAGUCUUGGCUAUUCGGAAAUCUUCUGCAGCUUUUCCUUCCAAGAAACUACGGUGAUCAUGAAUUCGGGUGGCAUGCAGAGUAUGGCGACGUGUAUGUGAUACACGGAGUUUUGGGGCAAUCUCGUAUGAUGGUCGCGGACCCCGUGGCCCUGAAUCAUCUACUUCGAAAUGACCACGUCCAUCUCGCCCCGAUGAUGCUCGGGCUUGCGCGUUCCCUAUUGGGCCGAGGUAAUGCGAUGGCUCUUCGAGAUGCAUUGCAUAGGAAGCUACGUGCGGCUCUCAAUCUUGGCUUUGCCCCCGCUGUCGUGAAAGGAUACCUGGCAACAUUCGAGUCUGUCGCUCGUGGCUGUACAACUCAGAUCACAAAAGCACUGGACUCGGAGGACGGUCAGGAAGGGUCUGUCGUCAACAUCGCAGAGCCGCUCUCCACGGCAACGCUGUCCGCAAUUUCUCAAGGUUCGCGCGCGUGAGCGGAUAAGAUCGCGCCCUGCCAGCGAUAUCCCCCAGUCUUUGAAGCGACAUGUGCCUUUGGAUCUCUGAUCCGAAAGUCCCCGUAUCUGCUGUGCGGCGCCUGUAUGGUGCUAGGAAACUUCCCACACAGCAGACGGCUUCGCGGCUCACUUUUCGGCUUGUGAGCAUCCGGUGCGGUCAUGCCAGAAGUUUGAAGAUACCCAGAGCUUAAAUUCGUUGAGAUACUGGCCGAGCUCUCUGACGAGGUCUGGAGUUGGCCAGUGGGAUCUAUGUUCAAUGAUACUCGAGUAUGUGGCUGCGAGCAAAGGAAACGACGACUGAUUGAUGCGCUCGGUCAUCUCCGGUGAUGG